AUGAAUCAUCGUAUCAUACCAAAAGAUUCAUUGAUUAUUUUACAAGUUGGUGGAUUAUCGGAAUUAAUAUUGCAUCAACAAAAUGAUAUCACUGAUAAAAGAAUUAGCAUUGAUAAGAUUAAUGAUAAUAUAGCAAAUGCUGUGUUAGGUUUAAUCAAUACAGUGGAUAAUGGUAUUAUCAUAAUUAUGAAUUUGAUUGAUCCAUAUGAAACACCUGGUUAUGCAAUGUUAAUCGCAAAUGGAAAUGAUAAUUUGAAAUUAUCUUCAAUGAUUUCACAUAUCAAUUCGAAACUUUGGAGAUUAAUGACAAUCAAAGGUUAUGACAAUCGACAAAUUCGUUUGUUUGAUUUGAAUGGUGCAAUUGUUGAUGCUAUAAGAGGUUUAAAUACAAAUGAAUCAUUCACGUAUCAACAAAAUAAUAUGACAUCACUUAAAGCUUUCGAUUAUGCUUAUUAUAAUCAAUGGUAUCCAUCAACAUUCAUACAUUAUAAAAUUGCUCAAAAAUUGGUCAAAUUUUUGGAAGAUUUAUGA